AGAAGUCAUUGGACCUCCUACUUUAUCUGUUCGCGCUUCCGGUGGUGUUGAUGCGACAUUAAACGGGAUGGGAGACAGUGAUGAUGAAUAUGAUCGCAGAAGAAGGGAUAAAUUCAGAAGGGAGAGAAGUGACUAUGACCGUUCACGUGAGAGAGAAGACAGACGCAGAGAGGACUGGAAUGACAGAGAAUGGGACAGGGGCAGGGAGCGUCGCAGCCGUGGAGAAUAUCGGGAUUAUGAAAGAGGUCGUCGGGAGAGGUUCACCCCGCCCAGACAUGACAUUGGUGGCCAACCGAAACGCAUGAGAAGAGACUGGGAUGACCACGGUGGAGACCCUUAUCGUGGUGGAUAUGAUUUGGGUUAUGGUGGUGGAGGAGGACCAAGCUUUGGUCCACCACAACAUUGGGGCCAUCCGGACUUGCAGCUCAUGCAGCCUCAUCAUGGAAUCCCUAUCCAAGCAAGGCUUGGUAACAUCCAUGACAUGGACUUGGGACCUCCCCCUCCCAUAAUGAAGACUUUUAAAGAGUUCUUGCUGUCAUUGGAUGAUUCUGUGGAUGAGACUGAAGCAGUCAAGCGCUACAAUGAGUACAAAAUUGACUUCCGUCGUCAGCAGAUGCAGGACUUCUUUUUGGCUCAUAAAGAUGAAGAGUGGUUCAGGUCAAAGUACCACCCAGAUGAGACAAGUCGACUGAAAGCAGAGGCCCUGAGCUGCCUGCGCAUCCGUCUGAACGUCUUCACAUUUCUGAUGGAGAACAGCUGGUUUGACAAUGUCUCUUUGGACAUUGAACGUAGUCAAGCCAUCAUCAAGGUUCUGGAUGCAGCUGUGAUAAAGAUGGAAGGAGGGACCGAUCACGAUCUACGCAUUUUGGACAUGCCAUGUGAAGAGGAAGAAGAACGUGAGAAAUUGGUAUCUGUUUCAGGGGGAGUUGAACCUCCCAAAAGAGAUGAUGCCAAAACUGUGGAUGGUGAUCACAAACCCUCAGUCGAGAAGCAAAAGAAUGAGAAGGAGGAAAGUAAUUCUGCCAGCACAGAACGAACUGAUGCCAGAACAGCAGAUGAGGCGGCUGUGAAAGAAGAGGAAGAGAAAGUAGCUGAAAAAGAAGAACCACCUGAGUCCAAGAAGCUGAGGAGAAAGAGGAAGCGUAGCGGAGACAGCGACGAUGAAGCCAGUGCCACAGAGAGCGACUCAGACUCGGACUCAGAAUCCAAUUCUGAGUGUUCUGACAAACCUGUCAAGAAGAAAGAGGUGGAAGAUAAGGAGGAAGAAGAGGAUGGUGAAGAGGAGGCUGAAGAGGUGAAACCAAAGGAGGCAAAUGAAGAGGAUGUGAAGGAAGAAAAGAAGCUCAAAGAUGAAGCUCCCAGACCUCGGCCUCUUCACAAGACCUGCUCUUUGUUUAUGAGGAGCAUCGCUCCUACCAUUUCCAAGGCUGAGAUUGUCGCUCUUUGCAGACGGUAUCCUGGUUUUUUGCGUGUUUGCUUGUCUGACCCCCACCCAGAGCGAAGAUUUUUCAGGCGUUGCUGGGUUACAUUUGACCGUGGUGUUAACAUCAAAGAGGUCUGCUGGAACCUUCAGAACAUUCGACUGCGGGACUGUGAACUCGCACCAGGAGUGAACAGGGACCUGGCCCGCAGGGUGCGCAAUGUUAAUGGCAUCACUCAGCACAAGCAGGUGCUUCGCAAUGACAUCAAGCUGGCUGCCAAGCUCAUCCAUGCCUUAGAUGAGAAAGGAGAACUGUGGAGCAGCAAGUCCCAGGAAGAGGGCCAGAGCACUGAGUUUCCAGCUCAGAACCCCAUCUUGAAGAAUAUCACCGAUUACCUGAUAGAAGAGGUUAGUGCCGAGGAGGAGGAGCUCCUGGGUGCUGGGAGUGGGAUGGAUCCCGAGGAGGGCACCAAGGAGGGAAACCCUACGGAGAUGACUGUGGAGAGAGAUGAGAAGCUAGCUAAGGUUUUGGACCGUCUGAUCUUGUACCUGCGUAUUGUGCAUUCAAUUGACUACUACAACACCUGCGAAUACCCCAGUGAGGAUGAAAUGCCAAAUCGCUGUGGCAUGAUCCAUGUGCGGGGGCCAAUCCCUCCUAAUCGUAUCACACAUGGAGAAGUGCAACAGUGGCAGAAGAAUAUGGAGGAGAAGCUGAGCCACUUGUUUAGUUUAAAAGAAACCCUGUCUGAAGAAGAGGCAGUCAAGAUGGGCCGCAAGGAUCCUGAGGAGGAGGUGGAGAAGUUUGUGUCUUCCAACACGCAAGAGCUCGGAAAGGACAAAUGGCUCUGCCCGCUUAGCGGCAAAAAAUUUAAGGGACCUGAGUUUGUACGCAAGCACAUCUUGAAUAAACACGGGGACAAAAUUGAAGAAGUGAAAAAGGAGGUGGCAUUUUUUAACAAUUUCUUGAUGGACGCUAAGAGACCAUCACUGCCAGAGAUGAAGCUUCCUCCUCUCCCACUCCCAGGUCAAGGCUUGCUUACUCCCACUAUGCCGUUCCCACCUCAAGGCCCUCAGGGUCCAAUGGGCUUUGUGCAGCCCCGCCCACCACUGAUGGGCUAUGGAGGUGGGGCUCCGUAUCCUCCCAACCAGUAUGGAGGAGGCAGAGGCAAUUAUGACAGCUUCCGUGGACAAGGUGGCUACCUGGGGAAGCCACGCAACAUCAGGUGAGAUCACUAAUGUCACGAGGUGAUCCACGGAACAUCAUUGAAUAUAGAGACCUGGAUGCACCAGAUGAUGUGGAUUUCUUUUAGAAGGUUCAUUUUUCAUUUUGGCCUUUCAAUUUUGAGCCUGUUUAGUGUUCUGUUUUAUUUUUGUAGUGAUGAGAUUUUCUUUUUGUAUACUUCAUCCUGUAAUUAUUGUUUAACUAAAACAUCUCCUGUACCCUGCUUCCUCAAUAAAGCUGUAAUUACAUCA